CUCUCGCGGAGUCCUUUAGUGCUGCAGGCAGGCACUAUCCAGAUGAUUCCCCAAGAGCAGCAACACUCACAAGAUGCCUUGUAGAGAUGAUUGUGAAGGACCUCCAGCCUCUGUCCAUAGUUGAGGACCAGGGUUCUCGGGGAUUUGUGAGAGCUCUUGACUCAAAAUAUAAACUCCCAGGAAGAAAAACACUGACUGAGACUCAUCUUGUAAAUUUGUUUGAUGAAUGUAAAGGCAAAGUAAGAGCAUCUUUGCAAAAUGCUUCUGGUGUUGUACUUAUCACUGAUAUGUGGACCUCAGUGUCCACAGAGGCAUAUUUGAGUGUAACAUGCCAUCUCAUUGAAAACUGGCAAAUGAGAGAAUUUGUCCUGGAAACCCACUCUUUCCAUGGGCAGCAUACAGCAGAUAAUAUCAGCUCAGCACUUAAGCAAAUCACAGAAGAAUGAGGCAUAACUGAGAAGGUGGUUGCAGUUGUCACAGACAAUGGUGCAAAUAUGGUUGCUGCAGUGCACAAAGCUGGAUGGAGGCAUCUUCCAUGUUUUGCACAAACACUGAAUUUAGUUGUAAAGGACAGUGUAAAAUCUGUCCCGGAAGUGGUGCAGGUGCUGGAAAAAUGCCGAGCGAUCGUGUCCUUUUUUCACCACAGCACAAAGGCUACAGAGAAGCUCAAGGAUAUUCAGCAACAGUUGAAAGUGGCAGAGCACAAACUAAUUCAGUCAGUAGAUACCCGCUGGAACUCUGUCUUUUACAUGUUGGAGCAGCUCUGUGAGCAAAAUGAAGCCGUGACCACAGCCCUCUGCCUUUUACGGAAGAAUGCAUUGUGCUUAAAUGUGGGAGAAUUACCCCUGAUCAAGGAAACAGUUGAUGCACUACGGCCGUUUGAAGAAGUAACACAGGAAGUUUCAUCUGAAAAACAUGUUUCAGUCUCCAAAGUUAUUCCACUUGUGUCACUCAUUCACAGGGCUGUAGCAGCCUGUGAACAUCAGGGCAGCUCCCUUGCCACACAGCUGGCACAGCAAUGCCAGCGCAGAUUCAGGGGUAUUGAGAGCAUUCACUGUCUAACUGCAAGUACAUUUCUCGAUGUUAGGUUUAAACACCUUGGUUUUCGAGACAAAGACAAUGUUGAAGUAUUAAAAAAACGUCUCCACACUGAAAUGCAAGAAGUCUAUCAGACAGGACAGUCUGCUCCCACUCUAACUGUAAGCUCAACACCUACUGUUAGCUCUGCCUCAGUGCCUUCUACUUCAGGGUCUAUCCCGAGUCCUCCACCCGCAGGUCCAGCUGCAACAAAAGGAGGGAUAUGGACAGAUUUUGACAUGCAGGUUGUGUCAAGCCAACAUCACCGGUCAGCUUCCAGUGAUGUACUCACUGAAAUAUGCCGGUACUCAGAGGAAAAACUGAUUCCCCGAGAUUAG